GGCCAAAACAAGGCCUAUCUUGUUAAAAGACUAAAUCGUUCUUCUUCUUCCUCCUCCUCUUUGGCCCCGCAUUGACGUUCUUAUGUUUUAGUAUCAUGCAAUUUAUGCUUUAUGAAUGCUUCUGCCCAAGAAAUAGAUAUUAUGCGAUGAUGGUACCAAUCUACUGAAGGAGAUUUCGUAGAUAAAAUGCUAUUGGCAGUACUCAUUGGUCAAGCUUAGCAUAUUGUUUGUUGAUGUAAAUCUUGGUGUUUCUUUGGUAAUUUAAACACAAUGCCUGUGUAGGAUGACAUUUGAUAUAAUAGUUGAAGCUUCUGUAUAAUAGCCCAUAUAAUUAAGGAAAGAAAAAUGAUAAUUGACUACAUUUUCUCUAGGAGAAUUUCUGCCUAACUAUUGCUCAUGGAAUUAUCAUUUCAUUGAAGCUUUUUUUUUUUUAUUAAUUUCCGCAGCUGGAGAAAGGAAAUGAGCAGGUGUUCCAACUUCUUUAUGCUGAUUUUAGAGACUCUAGUAAUCUAGUUACUUAAUGUAGAUGUUAAUGCAGGAAUUCAUGGGAUUUUAUUUUUAUUUUUCCAAUUGCCUUACAAUUGAGAUCCCUAACGCCUCUAGACAAGGCCAAUUGAAUAACCAGCUGAGAUGACAAACUACGAUGUUAUCAAGUCUGGGUUUUAGUGCUUUUAGUUGCUUGUAAUUGCAAUAUCGUUUUGCCUCCUAUGCAAGUUCAUAAACCCCUUCUCUCACUUUUGCCUCGCUUAUUUUCUGUAAAUGCUUGAAUCAAUCACUUUCCCUUUUCAAUCUUUUAACCAUGCUUAUUUCCUCUUUAAUUAUUAUUAUGUCACCCUUUUUGAACUGAUAUUUCAAAUGUGUGGAAUGAUGCAGCAAUUUGAGUACCUUGCUGGGCGGCCUUACUCAAUUAUGGGAGAAGUAAUAAUGAUCCAGCUCCAUAAGUGCUGGUUUGGAUGAUUGUGUGGAAGGAAUUUUAUUAUUUCUUUUGUUUUCAUAAAAAAGAAUUUUAUGCAAGAUGGUGAUAUUCAAUUGGAGACUACAAGAACUAGGUUUGCAAGUUUGCUAAAAAGGCAUGGAGACCUGACAGAGCGUCUUUCUAGGGAAUCUGACAAGACAAUAUUUGAGCGUCUGCAGAAAGAUUUUGAAGCUGCAUGGGCUUCUCAAACUGAAGAGGUAUGUUUGGAUGGAGAGCAAUGGAAUGAUGGUCUAUUAGCUACAUUAAGAGAACAAGUGCAUAUGGAGGCUGAAAGAAAGGCGAUGCCAAGGGAUGCUAACAUCUUGGCAGGCCCUCAGGAAAGAAUUACUUAUAAAAUAGGGAACAAGAUAAUUUGCGGUUUGGAAGGAGCAAGGAUUGGUAUACAGUAUCAGACAUCUUUUGCUGGGGAGCCGUGUGAGGUGUGCCAUUGUGUGCUGGAGAGCAAGUCAUUUCUUGAAAAGAUGACUAUCCUCGAACACACUAUUCCAUUUUUUCUGCCAAUACGUGAAGCAGAAAAGGGCCUUCUUUCAUCCAAUGCAAUGAAAUUCAUAGAUCAUGUUGGAGAUCUUUUGCAGGCUUAUGUGGAUAGACGGGAACAGGUACGACUCAUAAAGGAACUUUAUGGAAAUCAAAUCGGAGAGCUGUAUCAUAGCCUUCCUUACCACAUGGUUGAAUUCGUACUGGAUGAUUUCGAUUGCAAGGUGACAGUCAGUCUUAGAUAUGCAGAUCUCAUCUCUGUGAUUCCUACAAGGGUCAAUGUGUUAGGAUGGCCAAUGCACCAGUCCAAGAAAAAUACCACUGGCACAGCACUCUUGGGAAGUCACUCUUCUCCAAUUCGCCUAACCUACGCAGAAGAUGCCUUACGAACCAUGAGUUUACCAGAAGCAUAUGCAGAGAUUGUGUUAAAUCUACCACAAGCUCUUCAGCAGAUGAUUUGAGUUCCUUCCUUGAGCUUCCCAGGAGUCUGGAUGGGAUAUGUACAAAUCUGAUAACUAGCAGAAUUACUUCAAUGAACCGUUCAGUAAAAUCGACAUGGGUGGUGCCGUCCAUUGACAUGAGAAUUGAGAAGGAAAGAAAAAUUGACCAAGCUGACUUGCGAUUGGGUGACUCUCCAUUAUAUCCACUGAUUGUUCAAAUCUGGAAAUACCCGAUUUGAUUACCAAAUCGGGUCUGAUUGAUGAUUUGGACUGGACCUGGUUAAAAAUGUGAAGGCGUGGGGGUAAUUUGUGGUUCAUUGAAUUUCUAUGGAACUGUGCCUUUCCGUCUUGGCGCUUAAAUGGAUUUUAUUAGGUUAUUUGCUUAUUGGUUGUGCAAUGGGUUGAUGGUUUAAAGUAAUAGUUGAGUUGGUGUUUU